AUGGACGAAGAUGCUAGGAAAAAAUUUUGUCAUCUUUUAAUGUUUGAUGUUGAUGUUCACGAACAAGAACAAGACGCGAUUUCCACUAACGAAAAUCUUAAUGGAAUUGAUAAUGAUCCUCAUCAUUUCGCUUAUCAUUAUGAUAACGGUUCUACGACAUUUAAUCCUAGUCAUGCUCAUAACAUUCAUAACAUCAUUGAACCAUCCGUCCUUGAUGUUUCUAAUUCGUCCGCACCUCCUACCGUUAUGGAUUCUUCAAAUGUUCAAACUGUUAUUCCCGUUACUCGAUCUAUAAAACCUACAAAAACAAGAAAACCAAGAGCUAGAAAACCAAAAAGGACUCCCAGACCACCAAAUGCAUUCAUCUUGUAUAGAAAGAAUAAACAACCCGAUGUUGUGGCUCAAGAUAAAAGCUUGACUAACGCAGAAGUUUCAAAAGUUAUUUCUAAAAUGUGGUGGAAAGAAUCUGAAGAAGUAAGGUUUCAAUGGGAAAAGCUUGCGGAUAGAAUGAAACUCAAACAUAUGCAAGAUCAUCCAGAUUAUGUAUAUCAACCUAAAAAACCUGGAACAAAAAAACCACGUAAAUUAUCAAAAGGUCGAGAUUGUAAUUCUUCAACAAAUACUUUUCCAGCAGUUCCAUCUUCAGAUAAAAAUGUUUCAAUGGCAGACGAAGCAAUGAUUAUAGCAAUUGCUGAAUCCGCUUUUGCUGAAAUUCAUACACCAUCUUCACCAAUCAUUGGAUCAUCAGCUAUCAGUCAAAACAUUGUUAAUUCACCCAUGAAUUCAUCUAUGGAAUCAUCAUCGGUGAAUUCAUCUGUGAAUUCAUCCGUAAAUCAAAGGAUACAAACUUCUCAUAAUUCAAUAGUAUAUUCACAACUUCCACCAACACCAACAGAAAUCGCACAAUAUGAAAUAACACCACAAUAUUUGUUACCACCAACCGAAAAUUAUGUAACUGUUGAUCCAAUUCUAACAAGUGCACCAAACAAUACAUAUGUACAUAUGCAACAUUUUGGUACCAUAGAAACCAAUUCAAAGUCAUUCUUUCAUACUUCUUCACAUAAUUUAGACACAUUUUUAGAUCCUCAACCAGUAGAUAAAUUUCAAUACUUUGUUCAAGGGUUUGAAUCAGAUUCAGUAGAAAAUUAUCCUAAUGGAAAUGGUGGAAAUAAUGGAAAUGGAGGAAAUGGAGGAACAGGUGCAUUACUAGAAGAAUUGUUUAGUAGUAAUACUGUUGCAACUACUAGUACAACACCUGAUGAUGAUAUGGACGCUUAUUUUGAUGAACCUUGUUCGCCUCAAAAUCAUUUUCAAAACGUUCAUUUUUCUAGGCGAAGUAGUUUUGCUA